CACCCUUGCAAGUUUGGAUUUGUCGUUUUCUGUUUUGUUGUUUGUUGGUGUGCCUAAAAUUUUAAGUAAAUACAUAAAUACAAAUAAAAUGAAAUGACAACAAUAAAUAACACAAACACUGUGGAAGAUAACAUUCAUUUCAAUUAAACGUAUCUUUUUUUGUGAUUUGAACCACCUAUACUAGUGAAAACUAUUAAGUAAUGAAGUAGUCCCAAUGUUAAUCUAAAUCUGAGCUGUAAUCAACAAUGGACUUAGAUCCUGACAUAAUUAAAAUCAAAGAGGAGGUAACGGAGGAAACUGAGAAUGGAGGUGAAACUGUUGUGGAAGUAGAGCCAGACUAUGUGAAUUUACAAAGUACAUCUCCUGAUGAAAGUUGUCAUGAUAGAUGUAAAAAUAAAAAUGGACACUACUGUGCUGUUAAGGCACAGAUAAAAAGUGAAAAUGAUCAGGAUAUAGUACAAGUAAAAACUGAAAAUGUUGAUACAGAAACAAGCACCUGCAUAGAUGACACUGCUCAAAAUGUUUUCAUGUCAAAAGAACUGGAUGUCAAACAUGCUAUCAAUGAAGAUACUACAAUAAAUUUGGCAGUGGAGGGAAAUAAUGUAUCUGACAAGCCUGACACCAGAAUGGCUUCACCUGGAUUGACUCCUACUGAAUCCAUCAUAGAUUUCCAUUUUCUGAGUGGUUUUGAAUCACAGGAUAAUGAAGAUAUACUCAGAUGUCCUUUCUGCCCAUUUACCACUCGAAAUAAAUCUACAUUUAGGAACCAUAAACUUAUACAACACAAAGAGCCCAAGGAAUGGUAUAAGUGUGAACAAUGCACAUAUGAAACACAUGUCAGGAGUAAUAUGACAAAGCAUGUCACAGCUAUGCACACUACAAACUACAUCAAAUACACCUGUGAAAGGUGCAACAAAGUUUUCAAAGAAAAAAAGGCUCUGGACGAUCAUAUUGUAAAAACUUAUCCAGCACUAACUUCUUUAGUGUUGAGUAAAAUACAUUCAUGUCCAAUUUGCCCAUUCAAGACAACAUACAAAAAUAACUGGUCUCAGCAUAUGCUGACUCAUACUAAAGAUAAUGCUGCCACUUACAAAUGUACCAACUGUGAUUAUACAAGUUACAGAAAGAGUGAUGUGAUGAAGCAUUUGAAAAUUCACUCAAAAGUGAAAGAGUUCAAAUGCACCGCAUGUGAUAAGGAGUUUGGCAGAAAGGAUCACUUAGAUGAACAUAUUAUUCGUCAGCACAGUGACAAUGAUGAGUUGACAAAAAGUGUGACUAAAAAAAUUAGUAUUUGUAAACAGUGUGAUUAUAGGACUACAAAGGUGACUAGUCUUAGGAAACAUGAACUGGCUCAUCAUAGUUAGCAAAUUACAAACUAAAAUUUGAUGGAAAAAUGUAGACUGCAUUGAAAUAUGAACAGUCAUAAAAAAGUCCUGUUUAAUAUAUUUCAGUGGAAUAAGAAAAAAGCCACUGAUAAUAUUUCAAUAGCUUCUUUACUCUGUAUAAGCCCCAUAUGUCAUUCUGGGUGCCUGAUCAAGACAUUGCACUGUUUUGGAUAGAUCAUAGUUAAUUUAUUUUAUUUAUUUUUAGUAUAGUACUCUCUCAAUUUUAUUUUUCCCAUUUGCGCGUCCAAGUCUUACGAGAUUUUGAGCUACCUCUACUAUCACUCACCUCAUACUUUCAUUAUCUAGUCUACUGUUAUUGCUUUGUGAUUCUCUGUGUGGAUAUGAGAGGGAAACUCAGUCUUGUCUCGAUAAGUUUGUUAUAAAAGGCACACAUUCACCCCAAUGACUCUUACAUCUAUAUUGCUGACUGGUGUAUUCAUUAAACUCAUUUAUCAUAAAAGAAGCAAAGCAUAUCUGCAAUAUUUGUUGAAAUCGGUGCCAGAUUCUAAAUAUAAUUUUUAUAACAAUCAUUUUGCAAUGGUUUGUGACUAUAUCAUGUACAAUAGUAGGAAUAUAAUAAAGUUAUUCACAACUCUGAAUAUAUA